UAGCCUCGUCUAAUUAAAUGGAUUAUGAAAUAUAUAUAAGCGUCUCCGAAUUAUAAACAAUAUUCUUACCUUGGCGAAAAAGACGAAGACGGAGAAGAAGAAGAAGAAGAAGAAGAAGAAGAAGAAGAAGAAGAAGAAGAAGAAGAAAUUUAAAAAUUGUAAAUAGUUAAAAUAAAUAAUUUGAUAAUAAAAACGCAUUCUUUCUGGUUAGAAGAGUGUCUGGGGAAAGGCAUAUUUAUUUAUUUAGUUAUUUAAUUUAUUUAUUUAUAUUUUAUUUAAUUAGCCAUUGUUGUAGCUGUUACCACCUGAGGGUGGCAGCACUUAGCAGCCUGUAGAGUCUGUGGAUCUGCACACACACAUGAACCUCGUCACGGUUUACCCUUGCUUGCAUACUUUUGACCAUAUGGUAUCAGGACAUUGUGGUUUGUUUGUUUUUUCUGGGUCUGGACAGCUCGGCAAAGCAGCGUGAUGGAGCACAUGUCUUCUCCGGUCCGGUUCCGCAGCAAUAAGAAGGUUGUCCAGUCUGUCCAUUGAGGACAAGGAUGACACUCCCUUCCCUUACGCCAUGAGGGACCUGCCUCCCAUGUCCCCAAGACAACGGGCACCAUUCAGCUAUGGCCCAGAAGGCACUGGGGCGUUCAGCAGCCUUCCCAGGAGUCACCCUCCGUCCCAUUCCAUGUCCUGCUACCUGACCGGCUCUCUGACGAUCCCCCAACGACCAGCAUGUGCAGGAGCAGACGUAGGCUUUCAAGCGCUGCCGCUGAGGAGGCAGCUCGUCUCUGGUGUGUCUCUGGACUCUCCACUCAGCCCGUCCUCCCGCCCGCGCAGUCCAUGGGGGCGCUUUGACCCGUAUGACUCUCCUGAGGACCAGGACAAGGAGUACGUGGGUUUUGCCACCUUGCCCAACCAGGUUCAUAGAAAGACCGUGAAGAAAGGUUUCACAUUUACGCUUAUGGUGGCGGGAGAGUCUGGCCUUGGUAAAUCCACAUUAAUCAACAGUUUGUUUCUCACUGACCUCUACAGACACAGGAAAGUUCCGAAUGCAGAAGGUGAGGCUGUUUGUUUACGCGUGGUCCAACAUGAUUUUUCCCAACGUGUUGCUUGUUUAGGUUUAGUUACGCUUAUGUAUGUGCCUGCAGAGCGGAUCAGUCAAACAGUCGACCUUGUCAAACACACCGUUGGCAUUGAGGAAAAAGGGAUCAAGUUGAGGCUCACCAUCAUAGACACACCAGGGUUUGGAGACGCUGUCAACAACACGGAAAGCUGGAAGCACAUAGAAGACUACAUCGACCAGCAGUUUGAGCAGUACUUCAGAGACGAGAGCGGCUUGAACAGGAGAAACAUCCAGGACAACCGGGUUCACUGCUGCCUCUACUUCAUCUCUCCCUUUGGCCACGGCCUGCGACCUCUGGAUGUGGAGUGUAUGAAGGCCCUGCACGACAAGGUCAACAUAAUUCCUGUUCUGGCCAAAGCUGACAGCCUGACACAAGCAGAGGUUUACAGGAAGAAGAUGAAGAUCAGAGAGGAGAUCAAGCAGUUUGGGGUCAACAUCUACCAGUUUCCUGAGUGUGACUCUGACGAGGACGAAGAAUUGAAGAAGCAGGAUCAGACACUCAAGGACAGCAUCCCGUUUGCAGUAAUUGGGAGUAACGUUCAGGUGGAGUGUAGCGGUCGCAAGUUCAGGGGUCGAGUUUAUCCUUGGGGUGUGGUUGAAGUUGAGAACCCGUCCCACUCCGACUUCCUGCUGCUGAGGAACAUGCUGGUGAGGACACACAUGCAGGAUUUGAAGGAUGUGACGCGGGAGACGCACUAUGAGAACUACAGAGCACAGUGUAUCCAGAGCAUGACCCGCAUGGUGGUGCAGGAGCGGAAGCGCAGUUUGCGUGAGAAAUACUGGGAGAGGACAGAGACAGAUUUUCCUCUGCCGCUUGCAGCCGUUGACACCGAGAAGGAAAGGCUGAUCUUUGAGAAAGAUGAAGAGCUGAGGAGGAUGCAGGAAGUGCUGGAGAGGAUUCAGGAGCAGAUGCAGCACAAUCAGAGAGGUGGCUGCUGAUUCUCGUGAUUUGCUGGAACAAAGGAACAAGGAGGAGGCAGUUUCAUUAAUGUGACAUAAGAAGGACAAUCUGUUUAAGAACAAAAAUGCCAUUUUCUGGUUACACUUUGAGUAGGCCCAUAGUCACAGUCUGUCCAGAGAAGUAAGUAUAGGUUGGCCAGGCAGCUCCUAAAACCUCUUGCAUCCACAACAUUGAGCCUGUUUUUGUGUCUUAAUUUCUCCAGGCAGAAAAUAUUUCGGAAAUUUGCAUCCUAUUCUUUUAAAAUAUUUUAAUUCUGCAUUAAAUUGUUGUGUAUUACACAAAAUCAAAAACCUGUGAUUCUGUAGCCUUCUGCUACAAUGAAUUAUUUUGCUCCAUUAAUAAUUUUGCAGGAACACUAGUAUCUAGCUUCUUUUUUUGUAUGAAUGCUGGGUUUAUAAUGAGACUACUUUUGGAAGUUUUGUUACUCAUGAGUGUUUUGUAACAGUGACAAAGUCAAAGAUUAUCAAUAAAAAGUUACAGAACCGCA